AUAUAAUAUGUAGUAUGUUUAAUUAAAACUUGACCAACUUAAUUUAUUUAAAAAUUUAUUCUACAAAACAUAUUUAGACAUUGGAUAUAUUGUUCUCUCAACAGGAAUAAAAUUAAUAGUAUUUUUAUAUGCUUAGGUAUGGAGAGAUCUGAAAAGUCGUACUUCUGUGAAGGCACGUGAUAUGAGAAAGGCCAAGGCAAUGACAGGAAAUAAAAGUAUUAAGUCAUCUGCAGAAUUAUCAGAAUUGGAACUGCGAGUUGUUGGGAUAAUCGGUGCAGAAUAUAUUGAAGGAAAUAAGGAGUGUGCAGAAAAUAUUGCAGAAGAAGAGGAAAAUGAAGCAAUCCAUGGAAAUUCGUCAGUAUUGAUGGAUACCGAACAAAUAAAUGUUUGCAAUAUCCUUCCGCAAGAAAAUUUGCAAAAAGAUUAUUCGCCAGCUUCACACGGAGAUAGAGGUAAACAGUUUUUCUUAGAAAUAAAUGUUAAAAUUAAUCAAUUUACUGUUUAAAUAAAAUUAUAAGUUAUUGUUUUCAUUUAAAAUAAUUAUUAAUUAAUAUGAGUAAAAAAAUUUCCGAAGACUUAACAACAGGUUAGGUCUUUCGAUAGACCAUGUAUAUCCUGAAAAAGUUAGGUCAUGAUAAAUAAUUAUUUACC